UUAGAAGAUAGCCGAGUUGGAGUCCGCCGAAACAUCGCAUGCGGACUGUGAUCUGGCGAAUAUUCCAUCUCCUAUCCUCUUGAGAUGGCCUUGGUGCUGAGCAUCGUUACCCAUAAAUUAUAGGGAUAAGACUAAUCACUUAACGACCGUUCACCCUUCUAAAAACGAGCUUCACCCAGCCGUCGAUUUCAAAAUGGACGGGGCAUCCGCGCAACGCUCACAAAGAUCAUUUCCAACGUUAUAUCUUUUUAUUUCUUCGAUAAUUAUAAUUUUUGCAUAUGUCAAUCCUUUCAGCUGGUCGUUUCUCUCCUUCAUCGAGAAUGAAAUUGACCCUAAUGACUACAUGGCGCGCACGCGACAUAUUCUAUCGACCACUCCAUUGAUCGAUGGCCAUAACGACCUACCGUAUUUGAUGCGGGAGCAGCUCAGAAACAAGAUUUACGGGUCGAGCUUCAGAGAUGGACUGCUCAGUCAUACCGAUAUUGCCAAAAUGAAGAAGGGCCUGAUGGGAGGGCAGUUCUGGAGCGUCUAUGUCCCAUGUCCCGGAGCAGUGACCGUAACGGAGGCAGCACCAGUUGAGCCUGGAAUAGAUGAUCCAAAUUGGGCAGUUCGGGAUACUCUGGAACAGAUCGACGUAACAAAGCGCUUCGUGGCAGAAUAUUCCGAUACAUUUCAACUAUGCACAACACCUAGCUGUGCUCGAUCUGCAUUUAAUGCUGGAAAGAUUGCUAGUAUGAUUGGUAUUGAGGGCGGCCACCAGACGGGAAAUUCGCUAGGGGCUAUUCGAAUAAUGUUCGACAUGGGAGCUCGUUAUAUAACUUUGACUCAUAAUUGCGAUAACGCCUUCGGUACGGCCUGGACUACGGUGGAUUCAGGGAAGGAGGAUAAGGGCCUGACAUCAUUUGGUCGAGAGUUUGUAAGAGAGCUGAACAGACUAGGGAUGAUGAUCGACCUUGCCCAUGUGUCCCACAAUACAAUGCGAGAUGUAAUAGCCAUAACACGCGCACCCGUCAUAUUUUCGCACUCUGGGGCAUAUAGCGUCGAGCCACACCUGAGACAUGCACCAGAUGACGUUUUGAGAAGCAUGAAGGAGAAUGGCGGCGUGAUCAUGGUGCCUUUCGUGACUCGGUUUCUCAACAUAGAGCACCCGGAGAAUGCUACCGUCGAGGAUGUGGUUGAUCAUAUUAUGAGAAUUGCAGAAUUAGCAGGGUGGGAUCAUGUGGGCAUAGGCUCCGAUUUUGAUGGGACGCCGAAUGUUCCGAAAGGAUUAGAGGACGCCUCUCAAUAUCCCAAUCUUAUCGCGGCUCUUCUAGCGCGCGGUGCAACAGAUGCGCAAGCACGUGGGGUGGCUGGUGAAAAUAUACUUCGUGCGUGGAGGAAGAUUGAAGAUGUAGCUCAAGGGAUCCAAAAAGAGGAAAGGCCAAAUGAAGAGGUGUGGGAAGGAAGAUCAUGGGGCCCUGAAAACAUCGACUUGCCGCGCAUGUUUGAGCGUUGUCGCGGGUGAGAUAUGCUUCUCUAUGCUAAGAUAUACAAUACCAGUACUAUCCGCAGAAAGAGCCUCCUAUGAGUGCAUAAAGAAAAAGAAAUAUGCGCGGGCAACAGGACAAUGAGUGAAGUUAAAGUCUAAACGGUUAUGCGGAUAGUCUGCUAUCCCAUAGUUACACGCGAUGGCUUAACUAUUUUAGGGGUUGUCUUUAACUAGGUCUUAGGGCCCCUUAACUAUCUUCUAGAGGCUC